CUAAAGAGCUAUUCCACUGUCAAAGCCCUAAAAUCAGGAAAUGGGUACCGAGGAGAGCUUUGUGAAGCUCGAGGCGCUCCCUCAUGGCGUCUACGUUCUCAAAUUUGAUGGUGGAGAUGGGCAGCACAGGUUGAAUCCGACCACUAUAGCAGAGAUUCAUUCGGCGCUUGACAAGGUUGAGGAUGAUCCCAAGGCAGCUGCUUUGAUCACUACGAAUGAGGGAAAGUUUUUCUCGAAUGGUCUUGACUUGGGAUUCGCACAAAGUAGCCCGGGGAAUUUUAAGUACCUGGUCGAUCUCUUUCUCAAUCUCCUCGAUCGUUUUCUUUGUUUUCCAAUGCCGACAAUCGCAGCAAUCUGUGGCCAUGCUGCAGCCGGAGGAUGCAUGCUCGCACUCGCACACGACUACCGGGUGAUGCGAAUUGACCGUGGCUAUAUUUUCAUGAACGAGGUGGAGAUCAAUCUCCAUAUGAGUCCAGGAAUGAUCUCUCUGAUUCGUUGCAAGCUACCAGUCGCCACUUUCCACAAAUCUCUCCUCUCUGCGCACAAAUACACUGGCAAGCCCGCCGAGGAAGCUGGCUUUGUUUACGCCUCCUUUCCAGACGCGCGCUCCACUCAAGAAGAAGCAAUACAGAAAGCAACCGAACUGGCGAAGAAGAAGUAUAACCGCUCCAUUUACAAAGCUAUAAAGUCUGAGAUGUUCAGAGUGGAACUUCGAGAUCUUCGAUCCGGGGACCACGGCCCGCCUCCUGGUAUCAUACUCUCCAAAAUUUGAGCGGCUGGAAGAUGGUGCCAAAGCUUGCCGAAAACCAGAGAAGCACGGCAAAAAAAGAAGAAGAAACAAAGAAUUGUCUUGGAUUGAGUGAAAGCUCUUGAAUCUCCUUCAGAAGAAAAGAGGUUAACUUUCGAGUUCCAAGCUCGAGUUUAAUAACAAAGUAUGAAAGUUCGUUGUGUCCUA